UAUAUUGUAUAUAUGGGUGCACUAUCAAAUGCUGAGGAUGGCUACUCCAUAGAAACUGUCCAUUUGAACAUCUUAGAACAAGUCCUUGAGAGAAGCUCAGCUAGAGAAUCCUUAGUUUGCAGCUAUAAAAACAGUUUUAAUGGAUUUGCAGCUAAGCUCACAGAACAAGAGCAAAGAAAGCUAAGAGGCAUGAAAGGUGUAGUCUCUGUAUUUCCAAGUAGAACCCUUAAACUUCACACAACAAGAUCAUGGGAUUUCUUGGGCUUCCCAACCACUGUAAGAAGAGUGCCUACCAUUGAGAGUAAUGUCAUUGUUGGCAUGAUUGACAGUGGAAUCUGGCCUGAAUCUGAGAGCUUCACUGAUAACGGGUUUAGUCCUCCUCCGAGCAAAUGGAAGGGUGCUUGCCAAAACAUGACCUGUAACAAUAAGAUUAUUGGGGCACGAUUUUAUAAUGGCGAGAAUAACUAUGAAGACAAGGAAGAGAAGUCCCCUCGUGAUAUUGAAGGACAUGGAACACACACUGCUUCUACUGUAGCAGGUGUUGAAGUUAAAAAUACAAGCCUUUUUGGCAUUGCUAAAGGGACAGUAAGAGGAGCUGUUCCCUCUGCAAGGAUAGCUGUCUACAAAGUCUGCUGGAAUUUUGGUUGCUCUGACCAUGAUAUCCUGUCUGCAUUUGAUGAUGCAAUUAAAGAUGGUGUUGAUAUCUUAUCAGUUUCCCUUGGGGGUUCAUCUGCUAUAGUUUUCAAUGAAGAUCCUAUUGCAAUUGGAGCAUUCCAUGCAAUGGAGAAAGGCAUCCUUACAUCUGUGUCUGCUGGAAAUGAAGGACCAGAAAUGGUUAGUAUCAAAAAUCUUGCCCCAUGGAUGUUAACUGUAGCAGCAAGCAACACAGAUCGUAGGAUCAUAAGCAAAGUCAGAACAGGCAAUCAGAUUACCAAGGUGGUGAUGGGACAUGCUAUCAACACUUUCCAAACUAAGAAAAAUGCAUCCCAAAUUAUAUAUGGAGGUGAUCAUGCUGCACAUAACUCUAGCAGUGUAGAAGCAAGGGCAUGUAAUGCUGGUUCUUUGGACAAAGAUUCAGUGAAAGGGAAAAUUGUCUUCUGCGACAUGGCCAAUAGUGGUGUCGGGCCCUUCCUUGCUGAUGCUCAAGGAAUGGUGAUGGUAGAUGAUGUUGGAUCUGAUGAUACACCCUUCUCUUAUCCUUUACCCGCAACGGCUAUCAGCAUUGCUGAUGGCAAAAAAUUAAAGCAAUAUUUGAAUACUACUAGGUCACAUGAGAGAUAUGCACUAAACCCCAAGGCGAAGAUCUACAAAAGUCAAUCAAUUCGUGAUCCUAAAGCUCCGGUUGUGCUUUCAUUCUCUUCUAGAGGACCGAACCCAAUUUCACCAAAUAUCCUCAAGCCAGACUUAAGUGCCCCGGGUGUAACCAUCUUAGCUGCAUGGUCUCCGAAAGCCACAAUUUCAGGUUCCACAGUCGACAAGCGCUCCUCAAUGUACAACAUUAUAUCUGGAACAUCCAUGUCUUGCCCACAUGCAACUGGUGCUGCUGCCUAUGCCAAAACAUUUCAUCCCUCAUGGUCUCCUGCUGCUAUUAAAUCUGCUCUCAUGACAACAGCUUCUCCCAUUAAUGCCUCCUAUCAUAAAGAAGCGGAAUUGGCUUAUGGUGCUGGUCAAAUUGAUCCACUGAAGGCUGUCCAUCCAGGUCUUGUGUAUGAUACCUUGAAAGCUGACUAUAUACAAGUGUUGUGCAACUUGGGUUAUAAACCUGAUGAUAUUAAGAUCAUUGCUGGAGAGAAUGUUACUUGUGUGAAGGAAAAUGGUACAGAUGCUGUUUUAAACUAUCCUUCUUUGGGUGCUUCUGUUUCUCCCGAAGAACUCAUCGAUCGAUAUUUCCCAAGGACAGUUACGAAUGUCGGAUUACCAAAUUCUACAUACAAGGCGACAAUUGGGCCACAAAAACUAGUAAAUGUUACUGUUAAACCUAAUGUUCUAUAUUUCAAGUCGGUGUAUGAGAAGAAGCAGUUCACUGUACAUGUCACAGGGCCAGGGAUUGGCAAAGAUAAAAUCAUCUCUACAUGGGUGUUGUGGUCUGAUGGGAAACAUAAUGUAAGAACUCCUAUUGUCAUCUGGAGCUAUUAGAAAUUAUGGAUCUU